GGCAAUCUUUGGACACCCUCGACGAGUAGGACCCCUUUAGUUCACUAUGGCGGCGCCCGGUGGAGUUCUGAACUGUGAGGACUUUUCAAUGUUUCAGGAAGUAUUAAAAGUGAUGCGCACCAUAGAUGACAGAAUUGUCCAUGCCCUCAAUACUACUGUGCCCACUGCAUCCUUUUCAGGCAAAGUGGAUGCCACAAAGACCUGCAAAGAACUUUAUGAAUCUCUCAUGGAAGCUCAUCUUUCCAGAGAUAAGGCAAUUAAGUCAUGUAUUACAGAGACCUCUGCUGUCGUCGGGCAGUUACGUGAAGAGAGGGCAAAAGAUGGAGACAACUUGUCAAUAAUCAAGCAACUCAGGAAAGAGCAAACUAAGUUAAAACUCAUGCAGUCUGAGCUAAAUGUUGAAGAAGUGGUCAAUGACCGGAGUCUGAAGGUUUUCAACGAAAGGUGCCGAAUCCACUACACCCCUCCCAAGAUCAAGUGAAUGAUACUUUUACUGUCAUCAUAAACUACACAGUUGUUCUGAGGAAAACACCUGGAGCUGAGCCUGGACAUUGUCACUGACCCCACAAACCCUCCUCCAUCAGUAUGCUCUGUGGCUUAGUGUUUCUUACAGUGAAGAAACACUAUUGUAGCCCGAAUCCUGUAAACCAUUUUGUAUAAAUAUUGUACAAAAGAUUUUAUAAACCAUGAAAUGUUUUCCAAUUAA